AUGCAGCAGUGGCAAGUCGGGCCUGUCCCGGAGUAUGUUUACUCCAACUCAACCCAUCAACCAAAUGAGAUGCACAACCCUCACCAACAAUACCAGAACGACUUGAACCGUCGCAAUGAUCGCAUGGAGCAGUUUCAGUACGGUGCUCCUCAGCCUAACAUGGCACCGCAGCAGCAACAACCUCCUCAGCAACAACAUCACCCGGCGCCUGUUCAACCUCCCAUGAAUGUUCCCCAGCAGCCCCCUAAUGGUCCUGCACCGCCCCAGCAAACGCCUACUCCUACGCCGGCCCCCGCGGGUCGGCAGCGAAAGCGCCCAGCACCUUCUGCCGCUCCUCCUCCAGCUACAGUUGCUCCCCCAGCUCCUGUCACACCCUCUCAAGUUCAACCACCGGUAUCAGCUCCACCUGCGCCACAGGCAGUAGUCCCCCAACCUCCGGCUCAAGCCCCUGCAGAUGAUGCGAGCGCACAACCAAUUGCGCCUCCACCGGCCAAGAAGAGCCGAACUAACACUCCAUGGACACCGCAAGAAGAGCUUCGCCUGAAGCAGAUGCGAGAUGCUGGCAACAGCUGGGCAGAAAUUGCCAAAACUUUCCCCACUCGCACGGAAGGAUCUGUCAAGAAGCAUUGGUACAAGGACAUGCACUAUGCGGAAUUUGCUGAGGACGAGAGUCAAGCGUUAUUGAAUGCAAUUAAGGAGUACGAGAACAACAAGUGGAAGUCCAUUGGGACGAAAGUCGGAAAGCCUGCCAAGGCUUGUGAGCAGUAUGCCAAGGAGCAUUUCCCCGACCUUUUUGCCAGUUCCAAAAGAUAG